AUGACCGCGGCCACACAGCCAAAUAGCGCUCACUACAGAGAGUGGCCAAAUGCUGGUGCUUUCAAUGCCCUCGGCGACACCAGAUCAAAAAUCAAGCUCGAGAUCCAAGGCCACUUUCCAACUUAUGCAGCAGGUGCACUGUACCGCACAGGCCCUGGAGGUUACAAGGUGCCUCGAGAUGACCCCAAAGAUGGCGAUUUCGCUGUGCAGCACUGGUUCGAUGGCUUCACCACGAGCCACCGGUUCGAAAUGGUCCGCAGCACCCUAGAGGACAAGAAAUGUUCCGAGAUUUGGUACAACAGUUACUGUCAAGUUGACGAAGAGAUCGAACAUGUCCGCAAGACAGGCAAACUUGAUCAGAUCUCCUUCGGACAAAAACGGGAUCCUUGCGAUGGACUGUACAAGAAAUUCAAAGCUGUAUUCGAGCCCCAGGCGACCAAGACUCCGCAUUCGGCGAACAUUGGUGUGGUUGUUCGCGCAGCGCUACCGUGCGAGAUGCCGGAGAACAGACAGGGUCCGAAAAGAGCUGAUAGUCCGCUUGGGGACCAGCAGCUCGGAGACCCCGCACCUCCUUCCGUACUGUGCUUGACAACGGACACAAGUGCAGCCAAGACCUUCGAUGCAGAGACUUUGGAGCCGCUGGGAGUGACGAGGCAGACCGUUCUUCAUCCCGAGCUCAAAGGUCAACUCUCAGCAGCACAUGCCGCUCGCGAUCCACAGACCGGUGAAGUCUUCAACUACAAUUUGGAAUUUGGACCCAAGACGACUUACAGAGUGUUCGGCGCAAAUCCUCAGACGGGCGAAGUGAGAAUCCUGGCAAAGAUUCCUCAUACCGAGGCAAAGCCUGCCUACAUCCAUUCCAUGUUCUGCACGCCGAAUUUCGUCAUCCUGUGCGUGUGGAGUGCGCAUUUCAAGCAGCCAUAUGGACUGAACAUGCUCUGGACUCGGAAUGUUCUUGAUACUUUGGACAAUUUCGAUGCGAAUUCGCAAUCUGCGGCAUGGCUCGUCAUCGAUAGACACCAUGGACGAGGGGUUGUGAAAAAGUUCACCAGUCCGGCCUUCUUUGCCUUUCACACCACCAACGCGUGGGAGGAGCGUCGUGCUGGCAAUUCCGAAAGUGUCGAUAUCACCUGCGAGCUGUUUGAGUUCGAGAACAAGGAUAUCCUGGACAAAUUCUAUUACCAGAAUCUCGUGUCCAAUGAGAAGAGCACUGAACUUUUCAAUGAUUCCAGAGAACAAAUCAAGUCGCAGCUUGCGAGAUAUGAGCUUGCGGAUAUUCCACUGAACGGAAAGGCUGCUGCAAAGCACCAAGUGGAUUCUGCUGUCCGCAUUCUGACAGUGCCUUCCUCGAGCGCCGGCGAUCUGCAACAGUGCAACCCAGAGUACCGGAUGAAACCUCAUCGAUACGUGUGGUCUGUACUGGAUCGUGGAAAAUCGUCCUUCUUGGAUGGGUUAUGCAAGACCGAUGUUGAGACCAAGACGGCGCUCAUAUGGGAGAAACCGAGGCAUACUCCAGGCGAGCCGAUUUUCAUUCCAGCGCCUCGUGCUUUGGCUGAAGAUGAGGGAUGUGUAUUGAGUGUGGGUUUUGAUGGGGACUCUGGUGCAAGUUACUUGCUUUGCCUCGAUGCGCAGACAAUGGAGGAGGUGGGUAGAGCUGAAGUUGGACGUCCCGUCGGAUUUGGAUUCCACGGGGCGCAUGUUCCUGCAGCCGUGGGAGUGAGGUAACGCAAAUUACCGGGGAUAAAAUUGUGCUGGAAAGGGAAGACUGGCUGCAGCAGUGCCGUGACUUAUUGGUCAGCG